UUGAGUUGAUUUUAUUUUGUGAUUUUCAAGCGUGUAGGUAUAUAUUUGAUUUAUUUUUCGUUAUUCAAACCUCUAUUAAACUUAGCUUUAAAAUGACUACUGCCAGGAAUACUGUGGUUCAUUGGUUCCGCAAAGAUUUACGCCUUCAUGAUAACCUAGCUCUACGAAAUGCGAUUAACGAAGCUGAAAACAGGAAGCACAGUCUUCGUCCAAUAUACAUAAUGGAUCCUGAUAUCAAGCAGAAAGUUGGAUCAAACCGGUUGCGAUUCCUCUUACAGAGUUUACAUGAUCUCGACAACAAUUUGAAAAAUAUCAAUUCUCGUUUAUAUGUUGUUAAAGGCAACCCCAUAGAGAUUCUUCCAAAAUUGUUUGAUAAAUGGCAAGUAAAGUAUUUGACCAUACAACUAGACAUUGAGCCAGUGUAUGUUGAGCAAGAUGAAAUUAUAGAGAAGAUAUCUGAAGAAAAAGAUAUAUUUGUUGUUAAAAGAGUCCAGAAUACAGUUUAUGAUGUCCACAGUGUUCUCAAAAAGAAUAAUGGGAAUGUCCCAAUGACUUACCAGAAGUUUCUAUCACUAGUGCUAGAUGUACAAGUGAAAGAGUGUAUAGAGAUAACAAAAAAAGUUUCUGAUGAUUGCAAGCCACCAAAGGAUGGUCAAGAAAAAAAGUCAGCCAAUUGUUAUGAUGUACCAACUGCUGCUGACAUAGAUUUUGAUGAAUCAGAACUAGGCCCUUGCAAGUACCCUGGUGGUGAAACAGAAGGUGUUAAAAGGUUGCACUCUUACAUGGUGAGAAGAGAUUGGGUUUGUAAAUUUGAAAAGCCAAACUCUUCUCCUAAUAGUUUAGAGCCAAGCACAACAGUAUUGAGCCCUUACAUAAGCCACGGCUGUCUCUCAGCUAAACUCUUCUACCACAAGCUGAAGGAAGCAGAGAAUGGCAGGAAACAUUCAGAGCCCCCUGUAUCACUGUUGGGGCAGCUGAUGUGGAGAGAGUUCUACUAUGUAGCUGGAGCCGGCACAAAAAACUUUGAUAAAAUGGUUGGCAAUGCAGUUUGCACCCAGAUUCCUUGGGGUAAAAAUGAUGAGCAUCUGAAAGCUUGGGCUGAGGGGAGGACUGGGUAUCCAUUUGUAGAUGCCAUCAUGAGGCAACUGAAGCAGGAAGGUUGGAUCCACCACUUGGCUCGGCACAUGGUGGCUUGUUUCCUCACCAGGGGAGACUUGUGGAUUUCCUGGGAAGAGGGAGCUAAAGUAUUUGAGGAAUAUUUACUUGACUAUGAUUGGUCAUUGAAUGCUGGUAACUGGAUGUGGUUAUCCGCUUCAGCUUUCUUCUAUAAGUAUUUCCGAGUUUAUAGUCCAGUGGCAUUUGGUAAGAAAACUGACAAAACAGGCUUGUACAUAAGAAAGUAUGUUCCUGAAUUAAAAAAGUAUCCCACCGAGUAUAUUUAUGAGCCCUGGAAGGCCCCUAAGUCAGUACAAACAACAGCAGGAUGUAUUAUUGGGGAACAUUAUCCCAAAAGAAUAGUAGAGCAUGAGACAAUACACAAGGAAAAUAUGCAGAAAAUGAAUGCAGCCUAUAAAGUAAAUAAGGAGAAAAAAUCUCUGAAAAGGCCUAGGUCUUAAAGACUUCAAUAAUUAUGUGGAUCUGAUUAAC